CUUAUUCCCGCCUCUCUAUUAGGACAGAUGCACUCUCUGCUCUUUUCAUCUCUGAGCUAAGCUGUCUAGCCCUGGCCUUGUCUUUAAUCAGUGGGGUGUGCAGCAAUCAUGAAGAUGUCCUGCUUUCUGCUACUGAUCCUCUCUCUAUCCUGCUUCCUGGUCGACCCAGCUUCUGGUGUUGAUUCAAUAAAAUGUUUUCAAGAGAACAACACCUGUCACACCAUCCAUUGCCCAUAUUUUCAAGAUGAGGUCGGCACGUGCUAUGACGGAAGAGGCAAGUGUUGCCAAAAACGCCUUUUGUAUAUCAAAGUUCCAAGGAAGAAGGUGUAACCAGUGUUAUAAUAAAGGAAAAUGCUCUGA